GCAAAGGUGAAGGGUAAGCCUUAAAGGUUUUAUGGGGUGCUUUUCUGCGUUUCUACUUCAAUUGUGCUAUGGUUGCUCUGCCUCUGCAAAAGCUCAAAUCCUUCUUAUCCAGGAAAAAAAGCCAAAAACUUCUCUCUUCUGGUAUUCUUUCUUCCUCUUUCUCUCAGCUCAAGUUAUAAUUUUCGUGCUCUUUCUUUUUCAAAAUGGAUUCUCAUCACAAUAACCAUCCACAGCCCAAUCAAACACAUUCUUUCACCAAGAAAUCAAGACCCUUUUCAUUUUACUUAUCUUCAAUAUUAAUUCUCUGUUUAGCCAUCUCAUAUAGUCUUACCAAAACCAACUACAUCAAAAUUCAAUACCUCAAGUCAAUCCUUUCAUCACACCCUUCCUCUUUUAAGAAAUUUUUAGGGUUUCUUAAUGGAUUGCAAAAACCGACCAAAGCCCUAAUAACAAAUCCCAUUGCUUUUCCCUCCCACUGUAUUCUAUGGAUGGCCCCGUUCCUUUCAGGUGGUGGGUAUAGCUCAGAAGCUUGGUCAUAUAUUUUAGCUCUUAAUGAACAUGCGAAAGAAUCAAUAUUUAGGUUAAAAAUUGAGCAACAUGGUGAUCUAGAAUCUUUAGAAUUCUGGGAGGGUUUGUCUGAUGAUGUUAAGAACUUGGCUUUUAAGCUUCACCAAACAGAUUGCAGAAUGAAUGAAACCAUUGUCUUGUGUCAUAGUGAGCCUGGUGCUUGGUACCCACCGUUGUUUGAAACCCUUCCUUGUCCACCAAUUGAUUAUCAAAAUUUUAUGUUUGUAAUUGGUAGAACCAUGUUUGAAACUGAUAGAGUGAAUAUUGAACAUGUUAGGCGGUGUAAUCGCAUGGACAGUGUUUGGGUUCCUACUGAAUUUCAUGUUUCCACAUUUAUAGAGAGUGGGGUUGAUCCAUCCACGGUUGUGAAAGUUGUUCAGCCUAUUGAUGUCGAGAUCUUUGAUCCGCUUAAGCAUAAACCAUUGAAUCUUGCAUCAAUAGGGAAUCUGGUUUUAGGAACAAGAAACAUGGAUUCUAAUUCCAAGGAAUUUGUUUUUUUGAGUGUGUUUAAGUGGGAGUAUAGGAAAGGGUGGGAUGUGUUACUGAAAUCCUACUUGACUGAAUUUUCUGGGAUUGAUGGGAUUUCUUUGUAUUUAUUAACAAAUCCAUACCAUUCCGACAGUGAUUUUGGGAACAAGAUUUUGGAUUUUGUGGAGGAUUCUGGUAUAGAAAAACCAGAAAAUGACUGGGCUGCCAUUUAUGUGAUUGAUACCCACAUAGCUCAAAUUGAUUUGCCGAGAUUGUAUAAGGCAGCCAAUGCAUUUAUUCUUCCAUCAAGAGGGGAAGGAUGGGGGAGGCCUAUUGUCGAAGCCAUGUCCAUGUCUUUGCCAGUUAUUGCAACUAAUUGGUCUGGACCAAUGGAGUAUCUGACCGAUCAUAAUAGCUAUCCUUUACCGGUGGAUGGAAUGAGUAAAGUUAUGGAAGGACCGUUCAGGGGGCAUCUCUGGGCUGAACCUUCUAUUGAUAAGCUUCAACAUCUAAUGAGGCAUGUCAUGACCAAUGUUGAGGAAGCUAAGACCAGAGGGAGGCAUGCAAGAGAAGACAUGGUUAGAAAGUUUUCUCCUGAGGUUGUUGCAGGGAUUGUCAAUAACCAAUUACAAAAUGUACUUGAUAAGAUUAUUUGAAAGUUCAUAUAUAUAUAUAUAUAUAUAUAUAUAUAUAUAUAUAUAUAUAUAUAUAUAUUUGGUAAAUAUUAAUGGUUUGAAUAGGAAUUAUGCUGCAUUUGCAACAGAGCUUAAAGCUCAUAACAGUUUCAUAGAACAAUUCAGAUUCAAUUUGAUAUAGUUCAGCACCUGGUCAAUUCUGUUGUGCACGUUGAAACAAUUGUCUACAGUGAGAUUUGAACAACUGAAGCUUGAAAUUCAUCUGUGGAAGUCAUUGUAAUUGCCAAGGAGAAAAGCCAUUCUCAGAAGUUUCGAAGCUUGGCAUCUACCAACGUGCUAUUUCUUGGAUAAAUGAUUGACCUCGUAACAAAUGUUGUUUUGUUGCUCUUGUUAUUGAUCAUGUUUUUUCUCGUUUGUUAGCUGCACUAGUAGUAUUCCCCCUGUUUAUAUUCUCAUUGCCUUAUACAGGAAAUCUCAAGCCUCGGUUAA